AUGACUAACAACAUUAAGAUCAAUUCUUUGAAAGAACUUGAAGCAUUUUUUAGUGACACCAACAAGCUUUUUGAGGAGAAAGAAAAUGAGGAAAACUGGAACAAAAGAGAUAAAGCAGUACGCGAUUUACGUUCUCUCCUCAACAAUGAAGACUAUUUACGCAAAUGGAGAGCUAACAUUACCAAAUGUCUUCAUGACGGAAUAUAUAGUUACAUUAAAUCAAUUGAUACCUUAAGAAGUUCAGUAGUAAUUGAGGGCUUAUCCUUAAUUUCAGAUAUUGGCAAAGCUAUAGGAUAUGGUCUUGAUCUUUAUACAAUGGAAAUAAUUGUAAUCAACUUAUUAAAGCUCAGCAAUAACUCUAAAAAGCUGAUUGCUUCUAAAGUCCUUGAAGCUGCAAAUAUGUUUUUCUUAUUUACAAAUUUUUACAGCAGAAUUUUUGUUAUGCUCUGUAAAACAAUUAAUGAUAAAAGUACUCAAGUUCGUCAAUUUUCAGCAAAUUGUUUGAAAACAAUGCUUUCAACUCAUGGAUCAAAAGAGACAGUUCAAUCUAUCAUUGAAAAGCCUGAAGUAAACUUGCAUAUUAAUAAUUUCUUAAUGAAGGGCUUAGUAGAUGCUUCCCCAGCUGUUAGGGAUGUUUCUAAACAGAUUUAUACAAUUUAUGGUACAUACUGGCCAAUACAGGCACAAAAGUUAACUAAAACAUUCGAUGUUACCAUGCAACGCCAACUAAAGAUUCCCAAUACAGCUACAGCUACAUCAAAAACGUCUAGAAGAUAUUCACCUUACACACUUGGAGCUCGCUCAAAAUCACUUUCAUCCUUAUCUUCUCCUUCAUCAAAAAUAGCAAAUAAUACCUCCAAGGCGUUAUCGUCAUCUCAACCUUCAUCAUCAACUUCAAAUCAUCCUAUAUUAAAAAGGUCUCCUUCUGAUCAUAGUCCUUUUGGGCCAGAAUCUUCAUCAGAAUACUCUGCUCAAUCAACAGAAACCAUAACUAAAUUGAUAAAUGUAGACGAUGAAAAGUCUGUUAAAGGCCGUUUAUCUUCUACAUCUAAUGUAUCAACUCCACCUACAGAUAUUUCUCAUAAAGUAAAGACAAUUCAAGCUGCAUCAACUAUUCCUCCAAGACGCGCUCAAUCUGAACCACGUAACAAGUUUGCUAUUUCUGCAUCUCGUAUUUUAACCAUGUUAAAAAGUCGUGAUCCUGCCAACAACUGUAAAGGCCUUCAAGUGCUUUCAGAGAAGCUUCAGGAUAUCAUCUAUAAACCAUCCUCCUUAUCUACAUUACCUACAUGUGUUCCAUCAAAGGAUAUUAUUGAACAUUUGUUGAAAAGAAUGAUAAAACUACCUCGUCAGACAAUAAGCAACAAUAAAGAGAAGCUAUAUAAGGCGCUGAUGAGCUGGGAAUCUCUUGCUGGUGUUUUUGUUCUUUGCGUACCCUUAAAGAGCUUUAUUCCAUAUUUGAUCAUUGCUGAUCAAGAAUUAAAGGCUAAUGGUGAUUCCCAAAAGAAUAAGUCUAUAUUAAAACUCUAUAGCAAAGGACUUGAAAGAAUGAAGUUAUUCUUAAAACGUCAUCAUCCUUCUCUUCCUGAAGAGUUAUUAAAUAUUUUAAAAUCUGUAAACAAUAUGAAAGGAAAAAAUACAGUGAAUCAAUUAGAUAUAGCCACUAUUAAUAAACAACAACAACAACAACAACAACAAUUUACUCUUUCGGAACUAGAUUAUUUACAAUGUGGCAUACUUGAAUGGAUGAAUGAUGUUGUCUUAGAUAAUAAUCAUGAAGAUCAAGAAUUACUUUUAGAGGGUUCCAAAUGGCUAAAUAUUUCAUUGAACAAUGAACCUAUAACCGAUUGGUUCAAAAAAGAGGCAAAUGUACGAUUGUAUAUGCAUUUACUUGUAGAUACUAUAAUGAAUAUUCCGCAUACAUCAGAAAAAGAAACUAGCUAUUUAUCUAAUAUGACUAACUAUUUAAAGGCCAUUAAUGAGCAUAUAUUUCAAGAAGUGACUAUCACACUUAACAAGUUCCAAAUGAAUUUGCUAAGUGCAUUCUUAAGUUUGAAACAGACGUCUUCAUUUGAGCCUAAAGAAGAAAAUGAAUUCAUGUCAGAUAUGAAUGAACAAAUUGAAAGCAAUGAUACCAAGACUAAUACAAAUGAUAAUAAUGCUUUUUAUGAAGAUGAUUACAGUAUACAAGAUACCACUACUACCAUAACUUCAAACAAUAACGAAUCUAAUACAGAUAAUCUGAUCAUGCAGCAAUCACCAGAACUAUCAAUAGUAAAUAAUGAUAUUUCAAUAGUAGAUAGAAGCACAAACGAGCAACAAAAAGAUACUUGUGCUAGUCAUAAUGCAACAAGAGAAGCUUCUCUUAAUGCAUCACAAGAAGCUUCUCUUGUUGCAUCACAAGAAGCUUCUCUUGUUGCAUCACAGGAAGCUUCUCUUGUUGCAUCACAGGAAGCUUCUCUUGUUGCAUCACAGUCACAGACAAUAGUGAAAGAAGAAAAAGAACCUAACAAUAAAGUUGCUCAAAAGGAAACUAUAACCGUAGCAAAAUGUGAACAAACAAAUCGUAACGUAGAUGACUUUACUUCAAGCAACCCUAUAAUAAACCCAGGACCAGAUUUGAAUAAUAAUACUAUCGUUAAUUCUGUUCCUCAAGCUAGCAAUAAGAGAUCAUCAAGUACUGCUUUAGAUAAACAAGAACUUGAACAAGAAGAAUCGCGAAGAAGAAAACAACAAAAAGUGAUGAAACAUAACGAUAACUACGAGGAUUUACUUCAAGUUUUUAUAAAUACGUCCAAGAUAAAUCCUGAAAAUAUAGAUAUUCAAAUGCUUUAUAAAAUUGAAUGGUCACUCCUAUCUGUAUGGAAAAAGAAAACCGAACAGAACUUGCUUUUCCCUUUGUUGCAACAGUUAAUUGACUAUAUCCAAUCUAAGCCAGUAAAAGACUGUCAUUUAAGAGCACUGAAAAUUAUUCAAAAGUUAUUGACUAGUCAAUCUCUACUAUUCAAACAAUUGGAAAAUCAGAUCUUUAAGAAAGAAGGUCAAAAUAAUGAAUGUAUAAUCAUCCAAGAGCUAUGCUCUAUGAUUUUAGAUAUACUAGAGGAUAACGACUGUGUGAUUUCAUAUACAGCAAAAAAUAUUCUAAAUUCAUUAUUCUCAAAUUUUAGUCCAGAUAUAAGCUUGCAGUUGGCACAGCAAUAUAGUGCUAGCUGUAUAAGCUUAGAUAAAUCAAUUCCAUUAGGUGUAUUGCUUACCGAAAUAAGCAUUAUUGCAACAAAAGUAGCAGCUGCAAAUCUAUCUUCGUUUUUAGACAAGGGACUAGCAGAAAUUUUAGUAGAUGUAAUAGAGAUUUUACUUGAUCAUUAA